UUUUUCUGGACGUUAGUGGUUACAGUUGCUUGCUCGCUUACAUCGCUAGGUGGCGGUAGUUGCACAUCAUUUAUCAGACAGAGAGAGUAAUUACGUCUUGAUAAAAAAAGUAAUGCUUUCAAUAGCAUUUUGAUCGAUUCAAUUAUGUUAGUUGUUAUUGUUUUCUUGGAAUGACGGAGGAAAUGACAACGCCGAGAGUGUGAGGUUGGGGUUCCAGCCAAGCUACGCUUGCCGUUGUUUGAGGGAGAGUGAGCUGCCAGCAGAAGUUUACACUUUCUCUGAAUAGGAACAAAGAAUUGCUUUUUGGAUGAAAAGGAAUUUAAACCAUAAUUUUGCCAAAUUUAAUAUAUGGCUUUCGUAUGUGUAACAUAUAUGGAGUAAAUGGAAAUGGACCAGAAGUCAGACUUGGAAGCAGCACUUUUAGAGAAUAAACAAGUUAUUACCACUUGAAGUAAUCCUCACCGAAUGAUACUGACGUGUAUUUGCACAAGCUAACUUGCUAAAUGAAAAGUGGAGUAGCUAGUUGUUGAUAAACUAUCCAGCCAUUUAGCUAUCUGUCAUGGAUAUAUUUCCUAGACCUAGUGGAGAAAUUCAAAGAAAAAACCCACAGCAGGAUUUCGAGCUUAUUCAACGAGUUGGGAGCGGCACAUAUGGAGACGUAUACAAGGCUCGAAACAUCCAAACGGGAGAGCUUGCCGCUGUUAAGAUUAUUAAACUGGAACCAGGGGACGACUUCUCCAUCAUCCAGCAGGAGAUCUUCAUGGUGAAGGAAUGCAUGCACCACAACAUAGUGGCCUACUUCGGGAGUUACCUCUGCCGGGAGAAGCUGUGGAUCUGUAUGGAGUACUGUGGUGGAGGAUCUCUACAAGACAUAUAUCAUGUUACGGGUCCCCUAUCGGAGCUGCAGAUAGCCUACGUCUGCAGAGAGACCAUACAGGGUUUGGGAUAUCUACACUCCAAGGGAAAGAUGCAUCGUGACAUCAAGGGUGCUAAUAUCCUCCUUACAGACAACGGACAUGUGAAACUAGCUGAUUUUGGAGUAGCAGCCAAAAUAACAGCCACCAUUGCCAAGAGGAAGUCCUUCAUCGGGACUCCUUACUGGAUGGCUCCAGAGGUAGCAGCAGUGGAGAAGAACGGAGGUUACAACCAGCUGUGUGACAUCUGGGCCGUGGGCAUCACCUCAAUAGAACUGGCUGAGCUGCAGCCUCCUAUGUUUGACCUGCACCCAAUGAGGGCCUUGUUUCUCAUGUCUAAGAGCAGCUUUCAGCCUCCGAAGCUAAAAGACAAAACUAAAUGGUCCACAGCCUUCCAGAACUUUGUUAAAGUCUCUCUGACCAAGAAUCCGAAGAAGAGACCGACAGCAGAGAAGCUCCUAUCGCAUUUGUUUGUAGGUCAGACAGGGCUGACCAGGAGGGUAGCUGUGGAGCUGCUGGACAAGAUGAACAACCCAGAUAACCACCAACACUUCUCUGAGGUGGACGACGAUGACCUGGAGCCUCUUUCAGCAGUGAGACACACCAUCCGUUCCACCAACAAACACUCCAGAGCAGAGAGAACUCGCUCAGAGAUCAACUUUGAUAAAGUUCAGUUUGAACCUCCAAUGAGGAAGGAAACAGAGGCUCGCACUGAAAUGGACGUGACUAAAGAGAGUGACUUCCCCUCCCCCUGGAGCCCAUUCGCAGAGGGAGGCAUCACUGCCAGGGGACACAUGGCCCAUCUGGAGGACGCCUUUGAAGACGUGGAGCUGUCGACCCUCAAGCAAGGAAUCCCACCUCCUCUACCUCCAAAGCCUCACCUGAACAGUUUGUCAGAUGAGCCAGGUGUGAGUGAUGAGAGGUGUGCGACGGUGAGGAGGUUUCCAGGCUCAGAGAACAGUCCCGGUCCAGGCCUGUACCCCUGGAGACUGAGCACCCCAGAGCAGGGCAACAAGGUGGAUCACUCUGCUCCGCACUACCAGUCAGCCAGCGUCAGCAGCCCCGGCCGGCUAACUACGUCCACAUCCUCAGACCCUGAUCCUGAUGACUCUGAUGGGAGUGCGAACGGGGACAGUCCCAAUAAUCCUCCCAGCCAACCACACAGGACGGAGAAGAAAGAAUAUCAUAAACCAGCUAUCAACGGCCUGCCUCCCACACCUAAAGUCCUGAUGGGAGCCUGUUUCUCCAAGGUGUUUGAUGGCUGCCCACUGAAAAUCAACUGUGCCACGUCAUGGAUACACCCUGAUACCAAAGACCAGUACCUUAUAUUUGGGACUGAGGAUGGGAUCUAUACCCUCAACCUGAAUGAGCUGCAUGAAGCCACCAUGGAGCAGCUGUUCCCCAGGAAGUGCACCUGGCUUUACAUCAUCAACAACAACCUGAUGUCUCUGUCAGAAGGGAAGACCUUCCAGCUCUACUCACACAACCUGAUUGGGCUGUUUGAGCAGCUGAAGAAGCCUGGCCUGGCCUCUCAGUUCCAGACACACCGCUUCCCAGACAAGAUCUUACCACGGAGGUUUUCCUUGACAAAUAAGAUCCCUGACACAAAGGGCUGUCACAAGUGCUGCAUUGUGAGGAACCCCUAUACGGGCCAUAAGUACCUGUGUGGAGCGCUCCAGUCUGGGAUAGUCCUGCUACAGUGGUACGAGCCCAUGCAGAGGUUCAUGCUCAUCAAGCACUUUGACUUCCCCCUGCCCAGCCCUCUGAAGGUGUUUGAGAUGUUAGUGGUUCCAGAGCAGGAGUACCCCAUGGUGUGUGUAUCCAUCAGCCAGGCCACGGAGCCAGGCCAGGUGGUCCGCUUUGAGACCAUCAACCUCAACUCCUGCUCCUCCUGGUUCACUGAGAUGGGCUCAACUGGUCAAGCAGUGGAUGCCAUCCAUGUGACCCAGUUGGAGAGGGACACAGUGCUAGUGUGCCUGGACAAAAAUCUAAAGAUCGUGAACCUCCAGGGAAGACUGAAGUCCAACAAGAAGCUAGCGUCAGAACUCAGCUUUGACUUCACCAUUGGAUCCGUUGUGUGCCUCCAGGACAGUGUUCUGGCCUUCUGGAGGCACGGCAUGCAGGGAAAGAGCUUCAAGUCCAACGAGGUCACCCAGGAGAUUUCUGAUCCCAGCCGAGUCUUCCGCCUCCUGGGAUCUGACAGGGUGGUGGUCCUGGAGAGCCGGCCCACUGACAACCCCACAGCCCUCAGCAACCUCUACAUCCUGGCUGGACAUGAGAACAGUUACUAGCCCAGUCCCUGUUACUGAGAACAGUUAUUAAAGCAGUCUGGCCCAAAGACCUGCCCCAGUCCCUGUUACUGAGAACAGUUACAAAAGCAGUCUGGCCCAAAGACCUGCCCCAGUCCCUGUUACUGAGAACAGUUACAAAAGCUGUCUGGCCCAAAGACCUGCCCCAGUCCCUGUUACUGAGAACAGUUAUUAAAGCAGUCUGGCCCAAAGACCUGCCCCAGUCCCUGUUACUGAGAACAGUUACAAAAGCUGUCUGGCCCAAAGACCUGCCCCAGUCCCUGUUAUUGAGAACAGUUAUUAAAGCAGUCUGGCCCAAAGACCUGCCCCAGUCCAUGUUACUGAGAACAGUUACAAAAGCUGUCUGGCCCAAAUACCUGGCCCGGUCCCUGUUACUGAGAACAGUUACUAAAGCUGUCUGGCCCAAAGACCAGUCCCUGUUACUAUCCCUGUCUGGCCCAACCCUAUCAACCCUUCACUCAGCCUCUCUGAUCACCAGUAACCCUAUCAUAUUUAGUGCACUAAAGAGGUAAUAGGAUGUAAUUUGUGACGCAGUCACGGGGGACAGUGAAGCUUCAUGCAAAAACCCUCCUCCUUCCUCAACAUGGAUCUUCCAACAAACUGUUCACCUCCUCUCCAGCCCUGUUCAUCUCCUUUCCAGCCCUGUUCACCUCCUCUCCAGCCCUGUUCACCUCCUCUCCUCUCCAGCCCUGUUCAC